AUGCAGCUCUUCUCCACCGAAGACGUUGCAAAGCAUUCUACAGCCUCCGACUGCUGGGUCAUCCACCGUGGCAAGGUCUACGAUGUCACCGAGUUCGUCGAAGAUCACCCAGGUGGAGACGACCUCAUCCUCCAAUAUGCCGGCAAGGACAUGGGCGAGAUCAUGGACGACCCGCAGGAACACUCUCACUCCGACUCGGCCUACGAACUGCUCGAUGAACACAUCAUCGGUCGACUGCCAACCACCGAUGCCGAGAAGCUGGCUCUCAAAGAGCGCAGCGCGAAAGGUGGCUACUCUGGCAAGGACGACUCAAUCGAGAUCACCGCAGACUUCCAUCCGGAGGAGACAGAUCACUCAUCAGACUACAAGCAGAACAAGUUCCUCGACCUCAACAAGGCGCUCAUGCCUCAGAUGCUCCGCGCCAACUUCUCCAAAGAGUUCUACCUCGAGCAGGUCCAUUCGCCACGCCACCUCAAGCAACCCGCGCGGUUCUUCGAUCAGGACUACCUCGAAAUGUUCACACGCACACCGUGGUACGUCGUGCCCAUGGUGUGGCUUCCCAUCGCUUCUAUCAUCUUCUUCCGCUCUGCCACUCAGUUUGCAUCCAAUCUUGCAAAGACGCCGCUCAACGCUUCCAACUGGUACGAGGCCGCCACCAAGCCCACCUCGUUCGACGCGUCUGUCUGGUCCCUCGCUCUCACUCAGACUGCCAUUUGCUGGGCCAUCGGCGUCGUCAUUUGGACGCUGCUCGAAUACACCAUCCACCGCUUCCUCUUCCACAUCGACAACAUCCUCCCCGACAAGCCGGCGUUCCUCACGCUGCACUUCCUCCUCCACGGCGUGCACCACUACCUUCCCAUGGACAGGCUUCGACUCGUCAUGCCUCCGCUGCUCUUCUUCGUGCUCAGCUACCCUUUCACCCAACUCGCGCACGUGUUGUUCCCCCACGCCAUCGCCAACGGCAUCAUCAGCGGCUCCUUCACCAUGUACGUCGUCUACGACUGCAUGCACUACGCUCUCCACCACACAAAGUUGCCAGAGUACAUGAGGGAGAUGAAGAAGUACCACUUGGAGCACCACUACAAGAACUUCGAGCUGGGCUUCGGCGUUACUUCCAAGGUUUGGGAUUACGUUUUCGGCACCCAGCUCUAG